CAGCCACCGCCGCCUUUUCCCGAUUGUGGAGAGGAGGAUGGAGCCGGUGACUGUGGCCUCCAACGGCGGGGACAGGCCUGGGGUCCCCGCAGGCUCAGGCCUGUCGGCUUCCCAGCGUCGGGCGGAGCUGCGGCGGAGAAAGCUGCUCAUGAACUCCGAGCAGCGCAUCAACCGGAUCAUGGGCUUCCACCGGCCCGGGAGCGCUUCGGAAGAAGACACUCAAGCAAAAUCAAAGCAGCAGGACAGUGACAAAUUGAACUCCCUCAGCAUUCCUUCGGUUUCAAAGCGAAUAGUGCUGGGUGAUUCGGUCGGUUCAGGAGCAACUGAUGAGCACGGUCUUAUUAUGGAAGCUAAGGGUGCCCAGAUGGGAGAAAAAUUGGACUCAUUCAUUAAACCCCCUGAGUGCAGUAAUGAUGCCAAUCGUGAACUCCCCCAGCGGAACAGAGGGGAUGUGACAGGAGACACUGUCCAGCGGGCUUCCCACCAUGGCCUGGAACAGUACCUGUCCAGAUUCGAAGAAGUCAUGAAGCUUCGGAAACAGCUAAUCAGCGAAAAGCCUCAUCAAGAGGAUGGAAACACCACAGAGGAAUUUGACUCUUUCCGAAUAUUUAGAUUGGUGGGCUGUGCUCUUCUUGCCCUUGGGGUCAGAGCUUUUGUUUGCAAAUAUUUGUCCAUAUUUGCUCCAUUUCUUACUUUGCAACUUGCGUACAUGGGACUGUACAAAUAUUUUCCCAAGGGUGAAAAGAAGAUAAAGACCACUGUACUAACUGCUGCCCUUCUGUUAUCUGGAAUUCCUGCUGAAGUGAUAAAUCGAUCUAUGGAUACCUACAGCAAAAUGGGAGAGGUCUUCACAGAUCUCUGUGUCUACUUCUUUACAUUCAUCUUUUGUCAUGAAUUGCUUGGUUACUGGGGCUCUGAAGUACCCUGAGGCCCAUAGGGGGGAAGCUCUCAAAACAAAACACAAUGAAUCUUCCCUAUUGCUAUGCCUCUAAAGGAAGCAAAUUGGUUUACACCUUUAAUUCUCUUUACAGGAAUUGUAAAACCAUUUGUUUAGGGUCUCUAGGACUGAUUCCCUGAUUUCAAAGGGGUGAGUUUGAGUUAGUACUGAUAUGAAGAAUAGAAUAACAAUGUCAUUACUGAUUUCUCUUAUUUAAUUAGAAUCCCUAGUCUAAACCUUUCCCCUGACUUCUCAGAUUUGUAAUUCCUCUUUUGGACAUGAGCUUUUAGGGGAGCAGAUAUGCAAGGUAUCAGCCAGCCCUAAGGACUGCUUCUUGUAUUUGUGUUGUUCUGCCUUGAGAAAUGAAAACCAUUUUAAAAAUAAAAUGAAAGAAAUUGAACUGUC